AUGCCACCGCUGCUCUUGCUGCUCCUGUUGGCUGCGACGCUGGCGCCGGCGCCGGCGCGGGCGGGGGACCCGUACGCCUACUACGACUGGGAGGUCUCCUACGUCUCCGCGCAACCCCUCGGCGUCAAGCAGAAGGUGAUUGGCAUCAACGGCCAGUUCCCGGGCCCUCCCCUGAACGUGACCACCAACUGGAACGUGGUGGUGAACGUCCGCAACGCGCUGGACGAGCCGCUGCUGCUCACCUGGAACGGCGUGCAGCAGCGCAAGACGGCGUGGCAGGACGGCGUGCUCGGCACCAACUGCGCCAUCCCCGCCGGCUGGAACUGGACCUACACGUUCCAGGUCAAGGACCAGGUCGGCAGCUUCUUCUACUUCCCCUCCACGCCGCUGCACCGCGCCGCCGGGGGCUACGGCGCCAUCACCAUCAACAACCGCGACGUCAUACCCAUCCCCUUCGGCUUCCCCGACGGGGACAUCACGCUCUUCAUUGGUGACUGGUAUAACCGUGGGCACAAGGAGCUCAGGAGAGCGCUGGACGGCGGCACCCUGCUGGGCGCCCCUGACGGUGUGCUCAUCAAUGGAUUGGGACCCUAUCAGUACAACGAAUCCAUGAUUCCACCAGGGAUUGUCUAUGAGAGAAUCAAUGUCGAGCCAGGGAAAACUUACAGGUUUCGGGUACACAAUGUUGGGGUCUCAACAAGCCUCAAUUUCAGGAUCCAGAACCACAACCUGCUCCUUGUUGAGACCGAAGGCUCCUACACCUCGCAGCAGAACUACACCAACCUGGACAUCCAUGUUGGCCAGUCCUACUCCUUCUUGGUCACCAUGGACCAAAAUGCCAGCACUGAUUACUAUGUUGUUGCAAGCGCACACUUCGUUGAUGCAGCUGUUGUGGAUAAGUUGACUGGCGUGGCUAUUCUCCAUUACUCUAACUCCCAGGGUCCAGCCUCUGGUCCUCUUCCAGAUCCCCCGAACGAUCAGUAUGACACGGCGUUCUCUAUAAACCAAGCAAGAUCCAUCAGAUGGAAUGUUACAGCUAGCGGUGCCCGCCCCAAUCCACAGGGCUCAUUCCAUUAUGGUGACAUUACUGUGACAGAUGUGUACGUGUUGCAGAGUAGAGUACCUGAGCUCAUAGAUGGAAAACUGCGCUCUACUCUCAAUGAGAUUUCUUACAUUGCGCCCUCAACCCCUUUGGUACUUGCACAAAUAUUUAAUGUCCCUGGAGUCUUCAAAUUGGAUUUUCCUAAUCAUCCUAUGAACCGACUACCAAUAGUUGACACAUCUAUUAUAAAUGGCACCUAUAAGGGCUUCAUGGAGAUUAUAUUCCAAAAUAAUGCCACAAAUGUGCAGAGCUACCACUUGGAUGGCUAUGCAUUCUUUGUUGUUGGGAUGGACUAUGGUUUAUGGACAGAAAAUAGUCGCGGCACCUAUAACAAAUGGGAUGGUGUUGCACGCUCUACAAUCCAGGUAUUCCCUGGAGCUUGGACAGCUAUUCUUGUGUUUCUGGACAAUGCAGGCAUAUGGAACUUGCGUGUUCAGAACCUUGACACCUGGUACUUGGGUCAAGAAGUGUACAUAAAUGUGGUUAACCCAGAGGACAACAGCAGCACUCUUCCGGAUAACGCAAUUUUCUGUGGUGCACUCUCAAGCCUACAGAAAGAACAAUCACAUAGAUUCCAAUACUCAGAAGCUGCCCCAGUUCCACAGUGGGGAAAAACAGUUUCUCUCCUGAUUUUGUUGGCAUGCUUUGCCCUUUGGUCAUGA